AUGAUGAACGGCAUGGAAAAGACCGAUUAUGAGGAGGACAAGUUCGGUCCUAAGGAGGGGGGAAACUUGGUCAGCGCUUUCGAUGCAUUCCCCAAGUCAAAGCCGCAAUACAUCCAAAGAACCUCGGGAGGUGGUAAAUGGACAGUCGCUGUGACCAUCAUCUCAUUUGUUCUCAUCUGGGGUGAGCUUGGUCGCUGGUGGCGUGGAGCUGAGUCUCACAACUUCGAGGUUGAGGCUGGUGUUUCGCGAGAACUGCAGAUCAACCUGGACAUUGUAGUCAAGAUGAAGUGCGAUGAUGUUCAUAUUAACGUCCAGGAUGCUUCUGGCGAUCGCAUCAUGGCGGCUAAGCGUCUUCGCACUGACGGGACUCUCUGGUGGCAAUGGGCCGACGACAAGGGCAUUCACAGACUUGGACGGGAUAGCCAAGGUCGAAUCAGCACCGGGCAAGGAUACAACGAGCCAAAGUACGAGGAUGAGGGUUUCGGCGAGGAACACGUUCACGAUAUUGUUGCGCUUGGAAAGAAGAGGGCGAAGUGGGCGAGGACCCCCAGAUUCAAGGGUCCUGCCGACAGCUGCCGCAUCUACGGAAGCUUGGAUUUGAAUAAGGUGCAGGGUGACUUCCACAUCACGGCCCGAGGCCACGGUUAUAUGGGCAAUGGCGAGCAUCUCGACCACAGCAGGUUCAACUUCUCGCACAUCAUCUCAGAAUUGUCUUACGGUCCAUUCUAUCCCUCACUCGUCAACCCUCUCGACGGCACUGUCAACACAGCCCCUGGCAACUUCCACAAGUUUCAGUACUAUCUCUCUGUUGUGCCCACGGUGUACAGCGUCAACUCGCGGUCUAUUCUCACCAACCAGUACGCCGUGACGGAGCAGAGCAAGGCGGUCGACGAGCGAUACAUCCCCGGCGUUUUCUUCAAGUACGACAUCGAGCCGAUCUUGCUGACUGUCCACGAGAGCCGUGAUAGCAUCAUCAGUUUCUUGGUCAAGAUCAUCAACAUCAUGAGCGGUGUCUUGGUCGCCGGACACUGGGGCUUCACAAUCAGCGACUGGGUUCACGAUGUCAUCGGCCGACGAAGACGCAGUGGCGGCGGAAUCGGUGUGCUGGGAACGAAGGAAGGGUUUGAUCAGUAG